AUUUGUGCUAAAAGUUCAUUAAAACAAUUAUAAGCUACCGAAGAUAACAUGAGAGAAAGAGACAACUUCACAAAGAAACACCUAAUAAAUGAAUAUUUAGUGGCAACCAUUUCGGGUGAAGUCAAUUCUCCAUUAAUUUUGCAUGUGUUCGGUUUUAUUUAAAGUAUAUAACGCCAUAAACCCGACAAAGUUUUAUUUUGAUGAGUAAAAUAUAUACCUAUUGGUGUUGAUGUGCCCUUUCUAUUAUGUGAAUCAUAAUUUAUGCAUUUUGACGUCUAAGUUGGAUUUAAUUAAGUACAAUAUGAACAUAAAGCACAGUGAUGUUUGGAUUUGAUGGGGAAUAUAGACGGCGACCUGUUCAAAAUUUGGGUGGUACCUCCCAGACGAGCGAUAGGGAAACCAUAAUUCGCAAAGCUGCCGAGGAACGUCUGAAACGAAAUCAAAUGCGUAGGGAAAAUAAUGGAGCAAUUGUGUUGCAGUCUUACACUCGCUCGUUUAUACACCGGCAUAGACGUAAAUGCUUAGAACGUGAGAUCUUUGACGAGUUCCUACGUUCGCAUCGCGAUAAAUUAAUGGAAGAGGAAAAUUUGGCUUUUCUGCUCAGGAGAAUUGUAUUUUUUUACAACGCCAAAGAGGCACGAGACGAAGAGCGUUUGAUUGAGAUCUGUCAGCACAUUCUACGCAGUCCUGCUCGCCUAUUGCAAAAUUGUGUUAGCGAAUACGUUUGGCUUCAUCGUCUUAAAAAACUUUUGGACUUAUGCAUAUCGCAGCUUGCAGUAGCACAUGCAUCUCAAGCUAUACCAUUGCGAAUGUUGGAGACGUUUACUGCAGAGACAUCGAUUGAACGAUACAUCGAAAAUGAUAAAUUAGUACUCAUCUAUUUGGAUUGUAUAUUUCGAUUUUUAGUAGAACGAGAUUACUAUUUCCGUCUGCGACAACUGUUGGAACAAAAAUGUCCACCCUUAGAUGGGGAAACCUUACAUCCACCUAAUCACUUUUCGGAGGCAAUAUUUCAGCUUAUGCUGAGACCACUCCUGUUAGUGAACCGUUCGUGUUUUUUUUCUUUUGGAGAGACGGUAUACCGAUCGUUUUCGAAGCAUGUGCUCUCCUCAAUAUAUAGUGAACCUAUUCAAUACUUCAUCAUUCCAUGUUUGGCUGAAUGCCCGGAAUUCCCAUUUGAAUAUCUGAUAAAAUCACUAGCACAGUGGAUCCCCGUUGAGCAAACAGAGGAAAUAAAUAAGGAUAGCGACCCAACAUCCACAUUUGGGGCCAACUUCUCGGUUACAUUAUCUGGGAAAUGUCGCACAUCAUUUGGUCAGACUAACACAAAAGAUUUCGCCAAAAUAUAUACCUGUUUCCUGCUGCAUUCACUUCUAAUUUUGGAUCGCAAACAUUUGAAAUCUCUUCAUGCCAAGUCAAUACUUGGUGACUAUAUCAAAAUUAUUGGUCACGUUUCUCCAAUGAUCCUCCGGCUUCCGAAAUGUUCGCUUAAGCGUAUAAAUCAUCAAGCUAAUGAUAUCGAAGAUUCAUCAACCGAAGAAUCCGACGAUGAAGAAAGUAUUUACACAAAUCAACGCCCUUUGCAAGCAAUGUACGUAGUUAAUACUUCAACUACUGUGCUACUUACUGAGAGCGAAAAGCAAAAUUUGUUGAAAUCCGUUGAAAUGCUAAAUGACAAUCAACGAGUUCAGACAAUUGCUGAUAAUAUUGAAAACUAUCUCAAGGAUGACGGCGUCCUCCAAGGACUGUGUGAAAUUUGCCAUAAUCUUAUGAUAUACAAUAAAACUGCGAUAUUCGAGUACAAACUCUUGUAUACCCUCGCAUUUAUGCCAAAUUUCAUACGGGCUGUUUGGUUUACGUUGGUAGCUCAGUCGCAGCAGCAGGGUUUUAACGCACCGCUGAUACUGAUAUCAAAAGGCGUCGUUCCAAAAGUGCCCAAUGUCUCAUCGUUUGUCUCGUUACUAGCAACUUUUUGUAUGUUGUUUGGUCGUCUCCUGCCAACUUUACAUGAUAUUGAAUUUUGCGACGAAAAGUUGCUGAUCGAAAAGCCAUUGCAACCCACUUUACACGUUCGCUUGAUGCCAUUUACUCUUGCUGAAAUUGUUCAAUUAUCAAAGACUUUAAAAGAAGUAUCAUUAGGUCUGGUGGAAUUAGCCUUUCCAGAGACGCGAUCUACACUAAAUCAGCACUAUCGUUUUGUGUUAGGUCGUUCCGACUCAGAUGACAAACAAAUGAAACAGCAAAAGCUAAUAUGGUCGAAUUUACUAAAGGUGGUUGUAUUCGUGUUAAACCAAAUUCACACUCGCGAUUUGCGUUUAGGCUUUUGUCCAGAGUCUCAUUGGACCGUGGGCCGUCUGGAUUUACCAUUGGAUCGGCCUAGCGAUUUGCCUUUGACGCGCGGCAUAAGUAGUCGUAUUCGGGGCAUAAGACCAUUUCAGCCUAUAAGAGAUUUUACUCGUGAGGAUUUUGAAAACGGCCCUCCCAUGUCUACCAAGCAAAUCAGAUCUAUUACUAUACUGCGUGAAAUACCAUUUGUGGUAGCUUUCAGUAAACGCGUUAAUAUCUUGCAAGGUCUUGUGGCUGCAGAUAAAAUGAGGAUCCAGGGACAUUUGCAAGCUUUUCUACAAGGUCCUUCGAUAAUGUUGACAGUGAGAAGAACUCAUUUGUAUGAAGAUGCUUACGAUAAAUUAAGGCCAGAAAAUGAACCCGAUUUGCGUUUAAAAUUUCGUAUUCAGUUCGUGUCCUCUUUGGGUUUGGAUGAAGCUGGCAUAGAUGGUGGUGGAGUAUUUCGCGAAUUUCUUUCAGAGUUAAUUAAGACCGCUUUUGAUCCAAAUCGGGGAUUUUUUAUGGUCACGACAGAUAACAAAUUGUAUCCAAAUCCGAACGUGGGGGAUUUGUUGGUGGACUUUGAAAAACAUUACUAUUUUAUCGGGAGAAUUCUAGGAAAAGCCAUAUAUGAAAACCUCUUGGUUGAACUGCCGCUGGCGGAAUUUUUUCUUACGAAAUUGGCGGGCAAAUAUGCUGAUGUUGAUAUUCAUCAGCUAGCAUCUUUGGAUCCAGAGUUGUACAAAAAUCUGCUUUAUCUCAAAGAUUACGAAGGCGACGUUGCCGAAUUAAAUUUGGAUUUUACGGUAGCAAGUAGCUCCUUGGGUCAGACACAAGUAUUGGAACUAAAAUCACAAGGUCAAAGCAUAUCCGUGACGAAUUCAAAUCGCAUUGAAUAUCUCCAAUUAAUGGCCGACUAUAAACUAAAUGUUCAAAUUCGUCGGCACUGUGUGGCUUUCCGAAAAGGUCUUUCUAAUGUUUUGCCUGUGGAAUGGUUGUAUAUGUUUAGUAAUAAAGAACUUCAAAUAUUAAUAUCGGGCGCAGAAAUUCCUAUCGACUUGGAAGAUCUUAAAAGAAAUUGUAAAUAUGGCGGCGAUUACAACCCAGAACAUCCUUCAAUUGUGGCAUUUUGGUGCGCUAUAGAAAGUUUUGAUGAUAUGCAAAAGCGGCAGUUGCUAAAAUUUGUCACUAGUUGCUCAAGACCGCCGCUGCUUGGCUUCAAGGACUUGGAUCCUCCGUUUUUCAUACAAAAUGCUGGUGAUAUGGAACGUUUGCCUACGGCUAGUACUUGUACAAAUUUACUCAAAUUACCACCUUUCAAAUCGGUCGAACAAAUGCGUGAAAAACUUUUAUAUGCCAUUCAAUCGGGAGUUGGAUUUGAAUUGAGUUAAAUGUAUUUAAAGAAGUAGUGGCUCCCUCCUUGCCACAUUUUUUUAUUACAGAUUUUUACAUAAGCCUGUGGAUGUUUUCUAUUUUUUUCUCGAAAUUUACAUCAGUUACUUUUAUGUUAGAACGAGAAAUUUGCUUAAAACUGAAGAGAAAUAAGCGCGCCUAUUUAUGCUAACUACUAUGCGUAAAAUACUAAAAAUAAAAAUUUGUUACCAUAUAAAA